AUGACAGGCAAUGUGUCAACUAAGCCUCUACAUGAUGAUGGUGAUAAUCACCAUAGUAUUACCUUUGUCUCCUUGAUUUGGUGGUUUGUUGCGACUAGAGGCGGAGGGAGGAGCAAGGGUAAGUUGCCUCCGGGAGGAAGAGGGUGGCCGGUGGUGGGGGACAGCAUCAGCUGGUACAAUGCUGUUGCGAGUUCCCAUCCCCCGGCCUUCGUCCACAAGCAGGUCCGUCGCUACGGCCCAAUUUUCUCCUGUAGUCUCUUUGGGAAGUGGGCGGUUGCUUCUGCGGAUCCGGCCUUCAAUAAAUUUGUUAUGCAAAACGAAGGAAAGCUGUUCCAGUCUAACUACCCGAAAUCCUUCAGAGAUUUGGUGGGGAAGAAUGGGGUGAUUACUGCGCAGGGAGACCACCAGAGGAAGCUUCAUUCCAUCGCCUCCAACAUGAUGCGGCUUGACAAGCUCAGGUUUCACUUCCUGCAGGAUAUUCAGAUAGUUAUCGGACAGAUCUUCACCAAUCUACACCACAAUCAGGUUGUCCCCCUUCAAGAUGUUUGCCGCAAGCUAGCAAUUAAUUUAAUGGUCAAUCAGUUACUUGGAGUCUCCUCUGAAUCGCAAGUCAAUCACAUAGCUCAACUGUUCUCACAUUUUGUUGAUGGCUGCCUCUCUCUUCCGAUCAAUUUACCAGGCUUCGCUUAUCACAAGGCAAUGAAGGCUAGGGAAAAUAUAAUAAGCAAGAUUAACACGACUAUCGAGACUCAUAAAAGGAAUUCCUCCCGGGAUAUUGGCAAUGGUGUUCUGGGAAGGCUGCUAAAGGAAGAGAGCUUACCUGAUGAUGCGGUUGCUGACUUUAUCAUUAACCUUCUAUUUGCUGGAAAUGAGACCACAGCUAAAACCAUGCUCUUUGCUGUUUACUUCCUCACGCAAUGUCCCAGAUCCAUGAAGCAAAUGCUGGAUGAGCACCAGAGCCUAAGGAGUGAAAGGGGUGAGGAGGAGAUGCUAACCUGGCAAGAUUACAAAGCUAUGCCUUUCACUCAAUGUGUAAUUGAUGAAACUCUACGUCUAGGAGGCAUUGCCAUUUGGCUCAUGAGAGAAGCCAAAGAACAAGUAGAAUAUAAAGAUUAUGUCAUUCCAAAAGGAAGCUUUGUGGUGCCAUUUCUUUCAGCAGUCCAUUUAGAUGAAAAUGUCUAUGAGGAUCCACGUAGUUUUAAUCCAUGGAGAUGGAUGGAACCAGAAAAUCAGGAAAAGAGAAACUGGAGGAGCAGCCCAUAUUUUGCACCUUUUGGCGGAGGAGCUAGGUUUUGUCCAGGGGCAGAGUUGGCUCGCCUUCAGAUUGCCCUCUUCCUACAUUACUUCCUCACCACGUUUAGGUGGAGGCAGGUGAAGGAUGACAACAUGUCUUUUUUUCCAUCAGCUCGAUUGGUGAACGGAUUUCAGAUACAAUUGAAUAGAAUAAGCCAUGAUCACCAUGUUUCCACCUCUAUCAACUGAACAAACAAACUAUAUUUGUAUGUUGUUCAGAAUUCUUCUGGGGUCCGAGGAAGGCUCUUCAUCUGUAAAUUACCUUCAAAUACACAUGUGUUGUUGUGGAUAUGGAUGUAAAAAAUAAUUACUGCUCUUUAUCAAACCAAAGCUGCAAGUCUGCAAUACUAUCAGUUUAUUGGACAAGGAUUUUGCCAAAUACACAACCCAAUAAACAAACUUCACAGGGAUAUAGAAAAAAGAAUAGGUUAUCAACAGCAAGUAAUAUGCAAGAACCUAUAAAUUCAGUUGCAUAAAAAGUAACAUCACCUGAGAGGAGACGAGGAAAUGAAACACCUUGUUGCUCCAGCCGAUGAUAUUCAAAACGAAUAUUCAGCCCGGUUCUGUGUUUCAAUAAGAUUUCCAGUUUCAGAAUAACAGGAAGAGAAGGCAACUGAAUCCACACCAACUUUGUAUUAUGUGAUAUCACAUUGAAAAAGGACUCCAAGAACCCUAAUCAUUGGCGCACAAGCUCUCAUUUCACCAAUUCAACCAAAGCAUAGAACUCUCAUCAUAGUUCUCCAUAUGUAGUUUAAAAAAUGUCUGAGAAGUAAUUAACCAUCUUCUAUGACUGAACUGCCAAAUAUGAUGGGAGUCGGUCAAAGGAGAUACAAAAUACAGGUCUCACUUUUAACUUAUGACCAGUACAAUUAUACAUAGUUAAGAACUCUUCAAUAAAGUAACAUCCAUGUAAAGUAUAGUUUUAUCUCUUGCACAUGCAUAAAUUCAACCUUUCAGUUGAUCAGCAGGAAUGCCAACUUUCACCAGUAGUGCUCCCUGAACAUUUGAGAUAAGAUAUAUGGCUUUAAAAAAUAAGCAAAACAUCUAAAAAACGCAUAUGUAGUACUUACAUAAGAAAAAAUAGAGUCCAUCAGGCGUAGGUCACAGAAAACCAUAGAGGAGUUUCAUAAAUCAACCAAGUCGUGCCAGGACUAUUCCAUCCUUUGUAUAAUUGUACAGU